GGGGGCGGGAGCGCGUUCUCCGCUGUAGAUCAAAGCCUAUUUUCUGAACUCGAUCACUCUCUCAGGUAGGAGAGGACAAGGUGGAGAUUCAUUCCACUGUCCGUCACAACAAGAAGAAAAAAAACGAGUUACAACACAGGCGCUGAUCGUUUACUGGAAACUUACGAAAGAUCGGACAGGAAUUCAAACUGCUUUUUACAACAACAAAAAAAGAGAACUAAUAAUCUAUGACAAGAGAAGACACUCGCAAGUGGAUUGGACUCACCAGUAACUGUUUUAUGUGCUUUUAUUUUCUAUAAGCGUUUUAUUUAUUGUGUUGUAUUAUUUUUUAUAUAUAUAAUAAUAAUGGGAAAUGGAGGAAAAUGACAGUGAGGAUUAUCGAGUCGGUCUGGGAGAAUAGUGUGUUUCCUGUUGAAUGCCGGCUCAGCGAUGCAGCGGCGGAUAAGUGCGGUGUUACCUGCGCGGACAGGUGCGGUGUUACCUGCGCGGACAGGUGCGGUGUUACCUGCGCGGACAGGUGCGGCGCUGCUCCUCUGUCUCCUCGCACUCACCUUCCCUCGAGCUCGGGCAGCAGAACGAGAGGUGAUCCGGGGUCAUAGAGUCAGCUUCAGCCCUGGAAUAUCUGGGAACUCUCUGGUUCGGCCCAAUCGGACCGGGACAGUCCGGACCCCAGAACUUUCCCUGUCCACCGUGCAGCUCUGCCAGCCUGACCAGCCGUGCACUGCGUGUGUGAGGGCCCGGGUUCGACUGGACACCAGGGUUGUUCUUCGGCUCCGUGAAGUCCACCUUCACUUGCUGGAGUUGAAGAGUAACCAUCAGAGAGUGCUGCGGGUGCUGCGCAGGGGGGGACGUGGCCAGGCUAACAGCACGUGGGACCUGGUGUACGAUCAUUUCUCCAGCGGCCACAAGGUGGCGAUCCUCCACAGAGAGAACUGGACCAGCACCCCUGGCAUGUGGGAGCUCACCUAUGAUUGCUUCGAGUCUGACGGAGGCCACAAGGUGGCAGUGUUUCUCAAGACCAUGCCUCGGAGACAGGGGCUGCAGCAGAGCAGGACCUACACUGUGGAGGACCACAGGAGAGGGCCAGUGUUCAGUUACUCGCUGGACAGAGGGAGGAAGGCUGUCACUGUGUCUGUGUUCCCGGGUCCCGAGGUGAAAGUGAGGCUCUGCUAUCGGCACCUGUUUGUGUGUGACGACCUGCCCUCGCCCGUCACUGCCAGGAUCAACACCUCGCAGUCUCUGAAUGCCACCCUCAGCUUCCCCUUCCUGGUUCCUUGUCUCUGCAUCGAGGUGUUUUAUCUUCAUCAUGAUAGCUGGAGAAGAACAGCCUGUCUGUCCAAGGACUUCCCCCAUGCCUGUGACGAUGACCUCUGGCACGCCAGUAAGUUUUUACACCACAGCUCGGAGCCCAGCGGUGUGAUGAGUCUGGAGUUCCGUCACCCCUGUCCCAUCCAGCUCUCUGCCUCCCUCUGCUGGCGGACUCAGGGCACUGCACUGGCGCCGUGUCAGGAGAUAGCCAACUCUACAAUAGAGGAACGAGACUCGGUGUUCAGUAUCUCCGGUGUAGACAGACACCCACGACUCUGUUUCAAGCUCUCCUACGGCAACAGCAACCAUGUGGAGUGUCCCAGCGAAGCAGAGACAGAGUGGAGUGUGGAGGUGGAUCCAGAGUUCCUGAGAAUACACCUGCAAAUCACCACCACUAUCCCAGCAUCCUUCAGUGCCGUGCUGUGCAGCCCCGAGAGAGAGGGGGCGGCCUGCGAUCCACAACUACCAGUGCACACCAUCACACGGCCGGCUGGUUCCAGUGAGAAGGAGCUCCACAUGAUCCUUGGAACCCGCACAGUGGGGCUGUGUGUGCAGGUUUGGCGUUCGGACUCACGAUACUUUGGGAAGAGGCUGAUCUGCCCCGAAUAUGCCUAUAGUAGGCUGGGCCUGGUUGCCACAGCGAUGCUGAUUGUAGCAGUUUCCACGGCGAUGCUGGUCUUCUUUGGUUACCGCUUCACCCGGAGAGUUCUGUCAGGCUCCCUGUGGACGCGCACGCCUGUGCUGCUGCUCUACACCGCAGACUCGGAGGAGCAUGUGUCCCUGGUGUGCGCUCUGGCCUCCCUCCUGCAGGGGGAGCUGUGCUGCGAGGUGCAUCUGGACCUGUGGGACAGCUCAGGGCUGGGGGGCCUGGGGCCGGUGCCGUGGCUGUACAGCCAGAGAGAGGCAGUGUGGAGGGAGGAGGGGAGAGUGCUGCUGCUAUGGAGCAGAGGGGGCAGGGAGCUGUAUGAGAGCUGGAAGAGAAGGGAGCAGCAGUGGCAGCAACAACCAGCCGACCUCCUGAGAAACACAGCCCCGAAAACACAGGCGGACCCCCACGGAAUCUUCCAGACCACCCUGGCCUGUCUCCACAGCGACGUGGAAAGCGGCCGAGCGGGGGGCUACGCCUUGCUGUAUUUCGACGGCUCUAAACGGGACAUCCCGGACUCCUUCAAGGGGGUGCCCAGGUUCAAGCUGCCCAGGCAGGGAGGUGGGCUGCUGCAGGAGCUGCACAGAGGGGAUCCCUGGGCUUGCUGGCUCAGGCUUGGCAUCGCUGGGCUGCAGCACUCCGAGGCAGGCAGGAGGCUGGAGGAGAGGGCGAGGAUGUGCCGGCUGCUGGAGGCAGAGAGGGCAGGCUUGACCGAGGAACCCGAAUUUGAUAAGUCAGAUGAGCUGCUAAUACAGAGAGGAGACGGGGAGAAACGCACAGGCAUUUAAAGCAGGAAAGGAAAGACCAGCGUCACCAAAAGAUCUGCAACCCCCCCUGCAAAAUGCAAGGAUGUCAUCUAAAGAAAGUGUGAAGCAAUGAGGGAGGGUCACGUCAGCAAUCCCACAUCUCCCGCGACAAGCUUUAAGGAAUAUUUAAGGUAUAGAGUAUUUACUCGCUCCUGCUCUCCUGUGAUGAGCAAAUCCUGGGUAAACCAAGGGUUAAAGCCGAGGCACCCUCCAGUUUAUUAUACAGCGCGACUUGGGCGCAUUUAAUAAUUGCACUGGCGCUUCAACUAACAAAAUCACUGAAAUCACUCAACCCAGACUGGAAAGCAAAAGGUGUUCAGUGUGCUAUGCAGGGCCCCUCUUUAUUCUGCUAGCCGUGUUGAAUUGGUAAAGGGGCUUCUGCAGGACUUGGGCACUAUGCUGUGUCAGUGUGGCCUCCAGCAGUGAGUGAAUUAAACAGCGUGUCGUGGAAUGGUGAAAUGUCACGUGGGCGCACUAUUUAUAGUAUAAUGCCUCUUUGUUCACGGCACUCUGGAAUUUGUUCACGGCAUUCUGGAUAUAUCCUCACCAUGUUGUUUCCGGGUAAGUCAUGCAGAGCGACCCGACUGGUUCUGCAGGGAGAGACACCAACACGUUUGGAAUGCUGAGCCCUUUUCGUUUUGAACCCUUUGUUUUAUCUGUACCGUGUGUUUGACUGGCUGUCUAGAAUCUCACCUGUCAUUUCCUGUGUAUGAUUACAGGACGAAAAGAAAAAACUUAACCCACUCAGGAUAGUUUCAGAGAGCCCUGUAGUGUCUUUAAGGCAGGCUCCAUUGGCUUGGAAACCUAAAUAAUGUCCAUUCAUUGAAGUCCUGCUUGCUGUUCAGCUUUUUGAUUUGAACAUUCUACCUCAUAACCCGCUCCCGCUGCAAGUAGCCAUCAGGAAACGUCUUUGCAGCUUGCUUAGUGAAAGCCGAAACGAUCGCUGUUCUGUUUUCAGUGGGAGUCGUGUUUUUGUGGCAGCUUUUAUAAUGUUGAAAAAGAAAAAGGAAAGAAAAAAAGAUGCUGCAGGACAAGCAAGCAACAAGCAAACUUUUCAAUUGCACCUGGGAACAGUGGAAUUUACAAAACAGCACCAUCGAAGAACAUGAGCAGCGUGUGCAUGUGCUCUGUGGAGACUGCUAAAUACAUUCACAAGAAGGAAACCAUUACACACUCUUUCAAGAAGUGAUUCUCUUCUGAACAUCAGUUACAUCUGCACUGGAAAUGAAACCUGUUCAUAGAAAUAGAAAAUACUGGACAUUACACUGCUGUAAGAAUGUGUGUGUGUGAGUGUGUGUGUGUGUGUGUGUGUGUGUGUGUGUGUGUGUGAGUGUGUGUGAGUGAGUGUGUGUGUGUGUGUGUGUGUGUGUGUGUGUGUCUCUGUGUGUGUGUGUGUGUGUGUGUGUCUCUGUGUGUGUGUGUGUGUGUGUGUGUGUGUGUGUGUGAGUGUGUGUGAGUGAGUGUGUGUGUGUGUGUGUGUGUGUGUGUGUGUGUCUCUGUGUGUGUGUGUGUGUGUGUGUGUGUGAGUGUGUGUGAGUGAGUGUGUGUGUGUGUGUGUGUGUGUGUGUGUGAGUGUGUGUGUGUGUGUGUGUGUGUGUGAGUGUGAGUGUGUGUGUGUGUGUGUGAGUGUGAGUGUGUGUGAGUGUCUCUGUGUGUGUGUGUGUGAGUGUGUGUGAGUGUGUGUGUGUGUGUGUGUCUCUGUGUGUGUGAGUGUGUGUGAGUGAGUGUGUGUGUGUGUGUGUGUGUCUCUGUGUGAGUGUGAGUGUGUGUGUGUGUGUGUGUGUGAGUGUGUGUGUCUCUGUGUGUGUGUGUGUGAGUGUGUGUGAGUGAGUGUGUGUGUGUGUGUGUGUGUCUCUGUGUGAGUGUGUGUGUGUGUGUGUGUGUGUGUGUGUGUCUCUGUGUGUGUGUGUGUGAGUGUGUGUGAGUGAGUGUGUGUGUGUGUGUGUGUGUGUCUCUGUGUGUGUGUGUGUGAGUGUGUGUGUGUGUGUGUGUGUGUGUGUCUCUGUGUGAGUGUGAGUGUGUGUGUGUGUGUGUGUGUGUGAGUGUGUGUGUGUGGGUGUGUGUUUCUGUGUGUGUGUGUGUGUGGCCUCUCUGUUAAAUGCAAGCAUUUAAUUUGUUAAUGUAUAAAAGAUGAUGGAUAUACAGACACAGGCCUCAAUGAAGUUGUUAUUAUGUACCUUCCCCAUAAAUGUUUCCCACAGUAAAAGCACAGGAAAGUGUGUAAUAAAGCAUAACUUAGCAGUGUGAACGCCAGAGAGAGGUAUUGUAAAGCAAACCCUAAUAAGCCAUGGUAAAUACAUAGUGUAAUAAUGGGGAAACUGCACAGUGAGCAUGCAAUCUGACUGGUAAACUGCACAGUGAGCAUGCAAUCUGACUGGUAAACUGCGCAGUGAGCAUGCAAUCUGACUGGUAAACUGUUCUGAGAGUAGAUAUACUGGAUGAAGAAAUGUGCUCCAGGAAGGAAACGGUGUGUUCCUUGAAAUGUGGGAGCGACACUGCCUCACACUGUGAGAAAUAAAACGAAAUAAAGUUUUACAAACAUAA